AUGGUUGCCUCAUCCACUGCCUCCAACCUCGAGCGCGAGGAUCACCAGCGCGAUGCCGACUUCAACAAGGCCAUGCACGGCACCUCCGCCCAGGCCCGCGGUGGAAUCGCUGCCAUGUUCAAGAAGGGUGGUUCUGCCAAGCAGGCUGCUGUCGACGAGUACUUCAAGCACUGGGACAACAAGCCCGCUGAGAAUGAGACUGCUGAAGAGCGCGCUGCCCGAACUGCCGAGUAUGCGACCUUGACGAGACACUAUUACAACCUCGCGACCGACCUUUACGAGUACGGCUGGGGCCAAUCCUUCCACUUCUGCCGAUUCUCUCUGGGCGAGCCCUUCUACCAGGCCAUUGCCCGUCAUGAGCACUACCUUGCCCACAGCAUCGGCAUCAAGGAGGGCAUGAAGGUUCUUGAUGUCGGCUGCGGUGUUGGCGGUCCCGCCCGGGAGAUCGCCAAGUUCACUGGCGCCCACAUCACUGGCCUCAACAACAACGACUACCAGAUUCAGCGAGCCACCCACUACGCUGCUAAGGAGGGUCUGUCGAACCAGCUGGCGUUCGUCAAGGGUGACUUCAUGCAAAUGUCAUUCCCCGACAACUCCUUCGAUGCUGUUUACGCCAUUGAGGCCACUGUCCAUGCCCCUACCCUGAAGGGCAUCUACAGCGAGAUCUUCCGUGUUCUCAAGCCCGGUGGUGUGUUUGGCGUUUACGAGUGGUUGAUGACUGAUGAGUACGAUAACGACAACCUUCGCCACCGAGAGAUCCGUCUGGGUAUCGAGCAGGGCGAUGGUAUCUCCAACAUGUGCAAGGUUUCUGAGGGUCUGGAUGCGAUCCGUGAUUCGGGCUUUGACAUGCUCCACCACGAGGAUCUUGCGAUCCGCCCCGACCCUCUCCCCUGGUACUGGCCUCUGUCUGGCGAGCUGCGAUACAUCCAGUCAAUGGGAGACAUCUUCACUAUUGUGCGGAUGACGACUUGGGGUCGAACGAUUGCGCACGGUUUGGCCGGUGUCUUGGAGACACUGAGGCUGGCUCCCGCGGGAACCAAGAAGACUGCCGACAGCCUCGCUCUGGCUGCCGACUGCCUGGUUGCUGGUGGACGGGACAACCUGUUCACUCCCAUGUACCUCAUGGUCGCCCGCAAGCCCGAGGCGUAA